GAGGAUUCACAGUGGAAUCAAGCAUAUGAAUGUGUUGAAUGUGGGAACGAAUUUACACAUUCAAGUAAUCUUAAGAAACGCAUGAAGAUUCACAGUGGAAUCAAACCUCAUCAGUACAUUGUGUGUGAGAAAACAUUUACACACUCACGUCAUCUUCAGACACACAUGAUGAUUCACAGUGGCAUCAAGCCUUAUGAAUGUGUGGUAUGUGACACAAAAUUUACAGAUUCAAGUAGUCUGCAGAGACACAUGAGGAUUCACAGUGGAAUCAAGCCUUAUGAAUGUGUCGAAUGUGAGAAAACAUUUACACAAUCAGAUCAUCUGCACAGACACAUGAGGAUUCACAGUGGACUCAAGCCUUAUAAAUGUGUUGAAUGUGGGACAGAAUUUAAGCAACCAGGUGAACUUCAGAAACACAAGAAAAUUCACAGUGGUAUUAAACCUCAUAAGUGCAUUGUGUGUGGGAAAACAUUUACACUAUCAGGUCAUCUUCAGACACACAUGAUGAUUCACAGUGGCAUCAAGCCUUAUGAAUGUGUGGUAUGUGAGAAAAAAUUUACAGAUUCAAGUAGUCUGCAGACACACAUGAGGAUUCACAGUGGAAUCAAGCCAUAUGAAUGUGCUGAAUGUGGGAAGAAAUUUAGACAUUCAGGUAGUCUGCAGAGACACAUGAGGAUUCACAGUGGAAUCAAGCCUUAUGAAUGUGUCGAAUGUGAGAAAACAUUUACACAAUCAGAUCAUCUGCACAGACACAUGAGGAUUCACAGUGGACUCAAGCCUUAUAAAUGUGUUGAAUGUGGGACAGAAUUUAAGCAACCAGGUGAACUUCAGAAACACAAGAAAAUUCACAGUGGUAUUAAACCUCAUAAGUGCAUUGUGUGUGGGAAAACAUUUACACAAUCAGGUAAUUUGCAGAGACACAUGGGGAUUCACAGUGGCAUCAAGCCUUAUAAAUGUGUUGAAUGUGGGAAGAAAUUUACACAAUUAUGUAGUGUGAAGACACACAUGAGAAUUCACAGUGGAAUCAAGCCUUAUAAAUGUGUUGUAUGUGAGACAAAAUUUACAGAUUCAAGUAGUCUGCAGAGACACAUGAGGAUUCACAGUGGAAUCAAGCCUUAUGAAUGUGUUGAAUGUGGGAAAAAAUUUACACUAUCAGGUCAUCUUCAGACACACAUGAUGAUUCAUAGUGGAAUCAAGCCUUAUGAAUGUGUGGUAUGUGAGACAAAAUUUACAGAUUCAAGUAGUCUGCAGAGACACAUGAGGAUUCACAGUGGACUCAAGCCUUAUGAAUGUGCUGAAUGUGGGAAAAAAAUUACAGAUUCAAGUAGUCUGCAGAGACACAUGAGGAUUCACAGUGGAAUCAAGCCUUAUGAAUGUGCUGAAUGUGGGAAGAAAUUUACACAUAAAAGUACUCUGCAGACACACAUGAGGAUUCACACAGGAAUGAAGCCUUAUGAAUGUGUUGAAUGUGGGAAAAGCUUUACACUUUCAAGUAAGCUGCAGGAACACAUGAGGAUUCACAGUGGAAUCAAGCUUUAUGAAUGUGUUGAAUGUGGGAAAAAAUUUAGACAUUCAAGCAGUCUGCAGACACACAUGAGGAUUCAUAGUGGAAUCAAACCUCAUCAAUGCGUUGUGUGUGAGAAAACAUUUACACAGUCAGGUUCUCUGCAGGAACACAUGAGGAUUCACACAGGAAUGAAGCCUUAUGAAUGUGUUGAAUGUGGGAAAAAAUUUACAAAAUCAGGUCACUUGCAGACACACAUGAGGAUUCACAGUGGAGUCAAGCCUUAA